GCAGCGCGUAGCAGUGCGACACACAAUGGCCACAAACUGCGUGGUUGACGGUGAUUACCUGGGUGCGUACUUGCAUUUCUUCGCAGAGUUCGUCGCCCGGGUGAAUCCGAACGAUCAGCUACCCGUGAAGGUGAGCGCUUACGACAUCGAUGAGAGCGAGCUGGUCGGUGAGGUCAUCAGCGUGUCCCUACAGUACCUCAAUAAAAUAUAUUGUCCGCCGAGUUUACAAUCAUAUAUCGUCCAUCUCGUGAUAGAAGCGAUUAAAUCAACAUGCAAAAAACAACCCGAAAUCUGCGGAUUGAGACCACAAGAGAAGACAUACGCGCCUUUAAAGCUCAUGCAGGCUGUUACGAACGAGAUAAAUGAAAUCUGCAUGCGAUAUUUAGAUAACAGCAGGCUGGCACUUCUGCCGCCGCCUUCGUCAACGUUUCAUGUGACGGUAGGUGCCACUAGGAAUGCUAGGAGAAAAAUGGAGGACCGCCACAUGAUCCUACACGAUUUGCACACUAUUUUUAAUAUUCGGGAUAACACGAUCGUGAAUUACUAUGCAGUAUUCGAUGGUCAUGGCGGGCAGGAUGCUGCGGCGUAUUGCGCGACACAUCUGCACCAGUAUUUGGUCGAGAGUGUUUACUAUCCUACGGAUCCGGAAAGCGCGUUGCGUGACGCCUUCCUGACUACUGACGCGAGAUUCAUAGCAAAAUCGAGUACGCAGAAAUUAAACGGCGGAACUACUGCGGUGUGCGCAUUGCUAUUAAAUAAAAAGUUGUACAUUGCUUGGGUCGGCGACAGUAUGGCUUCCCUAGUCACGAGCAGCACCGUGAAACCAUUGGUGAACCCUCAUCGACCCGCACGAGAAGAUGAAAGGGAACGAAUCCGCAAUAUGGGAGGAGUCGUCGUUUAUUGUAUGGGAGUCCUGCGAGUAAACGGAUUUCUCAGCAUAUCUCGAGCUAUAGGCGAUGUCCCGUAUAAACCGUACGUUAGCGGCGAGCCUGAGGUCCGAUGCGUGUCUCUGGAUGGUACCGAGGAUUUUCUCAUAAUCGCUUGCGACGGUUUGUGGGACUACGUUGAUCAGAGGACCGCGGCGCUCCGCGUUUACCGGCAGGUGCUGCAGAAUCCACACGAUCUCAAGCACGUGCAUCAGGCGCUACUGCAGAGCGCUAAACGCGCGGGCUCCUUGGACAAUAUCACUGUAAUCGUUGUGUUUUUGACAUCACCAGUCGAGAUCGCCUCGCGGCAUUCACUCCUGAACUAUCAACUACUGAAUGGUGCUACGCCGAAUCUACUAUUGAACAACAUGGACCCGAAUAAUCCGAUGUCAUCGAAUUCCGGCCAGUUCGACGUAAACGCUGCCUUUAUUAAGCAGCAGCAGCAGCAAUCGACCGACGAAAUCGAAAAUCUGCUGCUGCAUUGUGAUUUAAAUCGCGGGAUGACCAGGAACGGCAAACAUCAGGACGGUGAUGGCAACGAUGACGAUGACGAUUACGGUGAUUUGGGUCCGGAGACCGACGUCGACGCCGGCGAGGACGCGAUCGACGGUAAUCCCUCCGUAGAGCCUCUUAUUAUAUCAUCCUCGUCGUACGAAUUUGUCUCCGAUAAGUCGUCGAUGGAAACCGAGGUCGACAACGAGGGCAAUAACAAGGAGAAGGAGGAGGAUCUACUUAAUCGCGACAAUGCAAACAUCUGUCCGAGUCCGGUGGACUCGGUGAAAAACAACGUGUCCGACGAUCGUGACAUAUUGAGUGACAAGGACGUUCUUUGCGAUGAAAGGCCGCGUAGCAACAAUGACGGCGACAACGAUGACAACGAAGCGCGCGUGGAAUCUACUACUGGCACGCAUACCCUCGUGGACGAUGACAAGUCGCCACCCUCGCCACGAGAUGCUAAAACUCUUCACCAUGCAUUGAUUUCUGAACCGAAGAAUAUAGAGGAGAGCGAAGAAGAAUCUGAGGAAGAGUGGGAUUCUAACGAUUCGAAUAAGGAAAAAUAUUUGUCGAUAUUUCGGAUUCACAAACCUGGCCAUUCCGAUAAAUGUGAAGGAUUAAAAGGCAAUAAUUGUUCUUCAUCUAACGACGAUAUAAGUUUGGACGAAUACUGCGACGGAAACAUGGCUUUUCAACUAAAUCCGGAGGCGGUUGAGUUCGUGCCGUUGUCACCACCACUGAUUAAUAAAUUGCAGGAUUAUGCCCUUAGCGGUUCUCCUUUAAGAAAGACGUCGAUGGAUAAUAUCUAUGUACCGACCCAAGCCGAAUUCGAGGCAGAAAUAAACCAGCGACCGAAGGAGAUCGGUCAGAAUUUUGUGUGCGAUGACCUGCACGGAUCAUGUGAGAGCAAUUUGCCGGACACAAACAUGUCUGAGAUCUCGACCAAGGCUGAGGUGGAUGAUGAAUCGAUGGCGCGUAUCGUGUCUACAACGCAAUGGCAGAUGGGUAACUCUUCUCAGUGGAGUGCAACGACACAUAAUGAUGCAGAGUCCGACUCGGAGGAGUACGAAAUCGUCAACAUGGAUAAUCCUAUGACGAUUUCGUUCACUCCGGGUGACUUCGAGGUGGCGUUUGAGAAAGGCGUCGAUCUGAAUGCCGUGCACGAUCUGAAUGACAGUUCAGACGAUGCCGAACAUAUUAAUACGCCGCCGCGUUCACCCGGUGGGUUGUGCGUGAAUGAGAGUGCACGUGCGGAUACACCCUUGGAUGAUAAGGCACCAAUUGAUGUUUUGUGCAUAUCAUCGACACCACAUCCCGCGGAUAAUCAAUCAACACGUACUGCCACUUCCGAAUGGGACGAAGCAAAAGUGCUCUCAGUCGAAGCGGACGGAUUCACUCCUCUCCCGUAUGAUCUUUGUCGGAAAUCAAGUAUACCCUCCUCUAUUAAUAAUCUAACAGAUAAGUCCCAAUGCAUGUCCAUUGAAUCUAAAUUUACGAAUUCUGAUAAAUUCAAGUCUGCGAGCUCCGUGGAAGAAGAUAUUUCGAAGGAAAUGUCAUUAAAAACAAAUGAAAAUUUAGUUGAUAACCAGCAACCAAUAGAUUCAUCUAAAGAAAAUUAUAACGAAACAUUUGAAUUACUAACUACCGAACCUGAAAUCGUAAAAUUGACAGAUAAGUUUGAUAAAAUACAAAAUGAAGGAGAACAAACAAGUUUGUAUGAAAAAGAUGAUAAAACACAAUCUAAGCCAUUAGAUGAAACUAUGAAAGUAAAAUCAAUCGAAUGUGUUCCAUCUGAGAUAGUAGAAACGAUAAACGAAGAGCAACUGACAACAGAGAAAAUGAACAAGAAGGAUAUUACUGAUAAUAGCGAAACAAAAUGUAAUGAACCUUCUUCAGAGAGUGUGCUAGAGUCGGAACGUUCUGACACAGAAAUAAAACAUCUGGAAUUAUCCGACAAAGAAAUGGAGUAUCAGCGUGCUGAACAGAGAAGACUAGCGCAGCCGAAUAUUGAUACUGAUAUAGAAUUUUGUUUGGAAAGUUCUCAUGAAUUUAAGCCAUCUAAUUGGACAGAUUUUUACAAAACAGGUAGUAAAUCAAUGCUGCUUGAAGAGGAUGAACCAUAUCAAUGUAAUAAAUCGUACGAGUUAGCUACGGGACAUCAACAGUCAUCAGAAACUCCCGAAAAAGACAAUAAAAAUGAUAAAAAUGAUAAAAAUGAUAAAAGCGACGAUGAUGCCAAACCUGCCAAUGCAGAUCCAUCCGAUUUAGAGAAAGAUUCCACGGAGAAGCCAAUGCAACCUGAAAGUCAAACACAUGAGCAAAACGCGGAGUUGCCUUGUACAAGCAAUGCGCAAACCGAGCAAGAGCUAAUAGAAAUAGAAGCUGCAUCUGCGAAUGUCGAUGAGAUAUCUGAAAAACAGAUUGCAUCGGAAGAUAUUUCUAUGAAUAAGCAAGAAGAGAUCAAAUCGUAUCUUGAUCUUUGCGAAGAAACCACAGAAACAUUGCCAGACGACACAAUGACAAUGAAGACGGAAACAGAAAUUACAUCGACAUCAUCGUCUAACGCAGUCAGUACGACGACCGCACAAGAAACCACAAUAUCGUCGUCAGUGCAGCCGGACCUCGCGCAAGAAUUUGUUGCGACUCAUCCUAAGCAGCUUGUGGACGAAGAAAAACUACAGGGGCAGCCAAAUAUUGAUACUGAUAUAGAAUUUUGUUUGGAAAGUUCUCAUGAAUUCAAGCCAUCUAAUUGGACAGAUUUCUACAAAACAGGUAGUAAAUCGAUGCUGCUUGAAGAGGAUGAACCAUAUCAAUGUAAUAAAUCGUACGAGUUAGCUACGGGACAUCAACAGUCAUCAGAAACUCCCGAAAAAGACAAUAAAAACGUUAAAAAUGAUAAAAACGAUAAAAGCGACGAUGAUGUCAAACCUGCCAGUGCAGAUCCAUCCGAUUUAGAGAAAGAUUCCACGGAGAAGCCAAUGCAACCUGAAAGUCAAACACAUGAACAAAAUGUGCAAUUGCCUUCCACAUUAAACAGUGCACAAACCGAGCAAGAACUGAUAGAAAUAGAAACUGCAUCUGCGAACAUCGAUGAGAUAUCUGAGAAACAGAUUGCAUCUGAAGAUAGUUUUACGAAGGAAGAGACUAAGCGACAAGAAACCGCGAAAGCAUUGCUAGACCUAACAAAGGUGAUCGAUUUUAAUACAUAUACUAAUGCUGCUACAGAGGCUGCGGCCGCUACAACGACCACCGUAAGUACAAAGGCAAAAGCAACAACGACCUCGACAAAACGUUCAACUAAAACGACGACGACGACGUCAACAACGAAGACGGCAACGAAAAUUACGCCAGCAUCGCCAUCCAAAGCAGUCAGCACAACAACCGCGCGAAUAACCGCAACAUCACCGCCAGGCCAACCGGCUCUCGCGAAGAAAUCCGUUGCGGCUCGUCCUAAACAGCUGGUGGACGGAUCGACCAAAGCUGCGGCAAUUUCAAGUGUUGGUAGUAAAGUCACUGGAACUAAGACAACGACAUCGUCUAAAAAUGUGACAACAACGACGAAGACUAGUCUCUCGCCGCGCGUUAGUACAACAAAAUCGAGAACAAGCACUGCCUCCACUGCCUCAUCGAAAUCGAGCACAUUGUCAGCCGAGAAGAAAUCAGCGACAAAUCUCGGUGAGACAAAGCCCGUUGGUAAAGUCACCGCCACCACUUCCAAACCAACAAGUACGAAAACGACGACCACAAAGAUCACACCUGUCAAAUCAAUGUCGUCAACAACCACGACAACGUCUAACGUAACGUUGAAACCGAGAUCUACGUCGGUCGGUACGACUGUUAAAACAUCUGUGACGAUGUCAAAACAGUCAGUGACUAUUUCGUCAUCAAGACCCAAAACCGCAUCACCGACUUCCAGCAGCGUGAACAAGUUGCGUGAAAAUUCUGCGAAAACGACCACAACCAAGUCACCGUUGAUUGAUAAGCAGAGCAAGGAAUCAGCUAACAAGGAAAUCUCUCAUUCUAGCGCCACGGGAACAUUAUCGUCAUCUAAAACCGGUAAUAAACCCUCCGCACCGCUCGGCACCACCACGGCUGCAAAACGCUCAUCAGUUGGGAAAUCACCCGGCAAAUCGUCUGGGAAUACGAUCUCACCAAUAAAGAAAUCCACUCUGACACUGAAAGGCGCAUCAAGAACUACUUCUUCCAGCACCGGGACAAGGAGCACGCUCUUGAGCGAAUCACAGAAAGUAUUGCAGAAUGGAAUUUCUGAAAAGCGGAUGGAGGACGUAACCCAAGUUGCUAUCACAACAGCAACGAGCGAUAAGCCUGAGGAUGACGUGCUACGGAAGGAUGCGUCACCGGUGAACGUGCUGACCGAUAAUCAGCUGAUAAUCACCGAUUGAAAUGGUUGGAUCGAGAAGCCAAAAGUUGUCCGCUGUUGUACGCGACAACGCAACGCCGGCCUAGGGUUAUAGACAGAGUUGCAGACGAACUGUUAUAGGUUUCUCCUUUUUUUACACUUCUUAUUUAAUGGACAAAAACAACAGAGCUCCCGCGCGUCGUUCUCGGGACAGAAUAAUAUUUAGGAGACAUAUAUAUGUUAAAUAUAAAAAAAAAAAAUUACUGUUCUUAUGCGCAACACGUAUGUGUGACGUGAGAUUUGAUUUAACAUAAAGCGAGAGAAAGGCAGGUAUUCUAAACAUUACUUUUGAUAACUGCUGCCUUAUCAAAAUAGGAAUCGAAAAUCUCUUGUUAUGUAAAUAUAAUUCGGAUGCGUUUCCAUGCGUCGUUUUUUUUUUUUUUUUUUUAUCAAUUCGCGCUUGAGAUUGCCCUAGAGGAUGAUACUCCAGUAAUGGUUUGCAAAUAGAUUUUCAAAUUCUGAUACGGCAGUAUGUUAAUCUUUGAACAUUUAACACGGAAACUUAAUAAAACGUAUAUGUGGAUUUUUUACCAUUUUUUAAUUUUAUAUGCGCAAUUGCAAUUAAUAAAUAUUAUUACUCGCUACACUUUUACUCGUAUGACAGAAGAAAAGAAAAAAAAAACAGGUGGUAAAGAAAACUAUAUUUAUUCUUGUUUGUUCCUAUUUUUUGAAGUUGAAUUCGUUGCGAGAUUAUAUAUAGACUCGUAACUAUAAUAACAUAACGUAUCUAAUCUAUGUACAGCACUUUUAUGAUUUAAAUGUGAUACCUUACAAUACCAUUAAAUAAAUUUGUAUAAUGCAGAAGUUUAUAUAUGUGUAUGGACAGAGAGAAAAAGGAUAGGAACGAAAUUCAAAAAUUUAGUGAGAAAAGAAAUUAAAGAAGAAAAAAAUAUAUGGAAGAAAUACAUAUAUCCUAUAUCUUUCUAUAUAUGUAUUUAUAUAUCUGUUGGUUUUUUUUCUUUUAAUUUUUUUCUCACCAAAUCGUUGAAACUCGAUCCUUUUCUCAAAGGCGACCGGCGUCGAAGAUCGCCGCACGCGCGCUUAAAAAGAUUUAUUUCGCAUAAACAAAUUUUUUUUUUCAACAAUUUUAAAGCAUCAUGGAACUCGAGGUUUCAGAUGGUUCUAUUAUGUUAAAAAAAAAAAAGAAAUAACAUUCGGACGGAUGACAUAUUCAAGAGAGCAUUAAAAUUUUUCUUUUUUUUAUAUCAUUUGACAUGUGAUCGUGAAACAUUAUUUAUUUUGUUCAAUGAAUCGUGUUGGUGGCUUUCAAAUAUGCAGCGAACGAAUGUUCCGACGUGAAAUCGGGAGAUGCAAUUUCGUGGAGAUAAAUAUGUUUGGAUGCGCGCGCGCGAUGGUCCUUUGCGAUAUCGAUGAGACUUGUAUACACACGCACAAUAUUCAAUCCGAUAUGCAUUAUAAUGUGGCCUCGUGUGUUAUCAGAGAUCAUAACUUAGCGUUUCACACGCGAAUGCGUGAUAUUCCGAUUUUUUGUGUAUUUGUCACCACUUAUUUCUUAGAAUUCAUACUUAAAUAAAUGACAUAUUACGUUUGAA